UGGGCGAGGCCAGGGAUUGAACCCGCAACAUCAUGGUUCCUGGUCAGAUUUGUUAACCAUUGAGCCACGACGGGAACUCCCAGUAGCUUCCUUUCUUAUCUUUGGAUUCUUAAAGAUUUAUGUUUCCUUCUGCUAAAGCUGUGGCGGGGGGGGGGGGGGGGGUGGUGGUGGAAAUUUUCAGCAAGGACCCUGCUGCCAGUGGGGGUUGAUGGGAUUUGAGCCAAGAACAGCUCUGGCUACAGAGGUACCCACCCCACCCCACUCCUGCCCCCACCAGACUCAGAAGGGCGCCGGGGGAGGCAAGCCCCAUCCCUCCUGGCUCUCAGCAGCUCGUCCCCAGCUCUGCCCCUGGGGGUUGGCGUCUUCAUCCCGAAUUGUGUAUUAAGAGCAAUGUCCUCACCCCCUCACCUCAAAGGGUGACUUUCAGGGCUUGCACCCUUGGCCGUAGCCAGGAUGGAGACAGAUGGCAGCAAAGGCCUGGUGGCAUUAGCACUCCCGGGCCGUCUGCCUGGGAAGCUGAAACGUCUCCUUUAGUCUGAUCUGCAGCCGGCCCCUCCCAACCCGCCGGGUCCACCGUAGACUCCGCCCGCCUCCUGUUUUAGUAUAUUUACCUCCGCCUAGUUUCUUUCAGAACAGCUUCAUGCGUGCCUUUGGCAUGGGGAGGGUGCCGCCGUGCCCGAGAGCCAUCCUGCAGGGCCGGCAGGACCCGAGCCACCCUGCUCACGUUGUGUCCAGUAGGACCCGUCCCUGUCGUUGGGGUCGCGGCGCUCCCGUUGGCAUUGAAGAGCAUGAACUCAAAGAGGAAACGUCCUGUCACUUUGCAGGACCCUGAAACCGAGUACCCGCUACCCUGAUUGAGAAACAGGUCAUGGCAAAUCAACCACAACACCCAGAGGUUCCGCUUUGGGUUGCCCUCGCACCAUGCCUUAGGGCCUCCCGUGGGUACCUCUGUUCACCUCUUGGCCAAAACCGACGGUGUCUUGGUGGUCAGGGCUUACACGCCUGUGUCCAGUGAUGAUGAUCUGGGCUUCGUGGACGUAGUUAUCAAGAUCUACUUCAAAAACGUACACCCUAAUCAUCCAGAUGGGGGGAAGAUGACUCAGAACCUGGAGAACAUGAAAACUGGGGACACCAUCCUUUUUCAAGGCCCAUCUGGAUGCCCAUUCUAUCAUGGGUCAGGUCCUGGGGGGGGUUACCUGGGACCUCAGGCUGGGAGGAGGGAGAUCCCUACAGCCGUCAUAUUACUACGACGAGCCAAGCAUCACCACAGAUGCCUUGAAAGCAGCCCAUUUACUUUCAUUUCUGCUUCACAAAUGAGGACACUCAAGAGCUCCGACUGGGGUGAGGGAGCCGCUACCUGCGUUGCGGGCAUCGCGCCCCUGCUGCAGCUCAUCUGCUGCAUCACCAGGACCAGGACCUCCCUCAUCUUCGCCAACCAGACUGAGGAGGAUAUCUUGCUGAGAGAGGAGCUUGAAGAAGUUGCCAACCACCCAAAGCAGCUCAACUUGUGAUACACCCUGGACAGGCCUCCUGACGGCUGGAAGUACAGCUUGGGCUCUACCGCGGGCCUGAUCAAGGAGCCCCUCCCUCCCCCUGGGGGUCCACCUUCAUCCUGGUGUGCGGGCCCCGCCCCUGAUGCAGACGCCGCGCCCCCGCCCCUGGAGAGACUGGCUGACGCCAAGGACAUGGCUUUCACCUACUAACGCCUCGGCCUGCUCUUCGCAAAGUGGCCCGGUCCUGUUCAAGUUUCAGAGGGCGCUCAGCGUCACCACGUUAAACUGGCUUCCGAACACACCCUUGGGCAUGCGGGUACACUGCUUUUGGUGUGGGCCUGAGAAGCAGGUUCAAGAGGCUGGAGACAGAGUGGCUUCUGAGGCCACCUUGCUUGGGGAGGCUUGGAGGCAUUCAAUUUCAGUGUCUUUUCCCCAUAGUUUAGGGGAAAUGCAGUGCAGAGACCUGAGUGUGGCUCUGUGGGGGACCUACUCUCUAGGCUUGGCCCGCCCCACACGUGGCUUGGCAUCUGUGUGUCCUCCGGAGGGCAGAGCUGGGGCAGGACUCCAGAGGAACCCAAGGAGGCUCCGUCAGCUCCCAGCAAUUCCUCCUGAACCCCUUUUCUGGAGUUCUGUCUUUAAGGUAAGACCUGUUAGAGGGCUCAGGCACCCUCCACAUGCACUCUCCUUUCUGUUAUAGGAGACCCUGGAAGUGGGAAUGGUGGUAAAAUUACCCAUCAUGGCAGGAGUCAAGGUGGGCUCCAGGAAUUCUAGACUCCCUGCUCUUUGCGCGACAAACGGAGGCUUGUUUUGUGGCCUAGAAUGUGAUCUGCCCUGGAGAAUGUUCCAUGUAUGCCUAAGAAUGAAGACUGUAUUCUGCUGCUUUUAGAUGGAAGGCUCUAUAAACAUCAAGUAGGUCUGUGUUUUCUUAUGAAUUUUCUAUCUGAAUGAUCUGUCCAUUGAUGGAGGUGGGGUGUUAAAGGCCACUAUUAUUGUGUUCCUGUCAAUCUCUCCUUUUAUGUUAUUAAUUUGCCUUAUGUAUUGUGGUGCUUCUAUGUUGGGUGUAUAUAUGUAUUUAUAAUUUUAUAUCUUCUUUUUGGAUUGCUCCCUCAUCUCAUAACCUAGUAUAUAGUUGGUUGCCAGGUUCUGCCUUGUGUUAAUGCUGCUGUUUAGUGGGGCCUGGUCAUUAGGUGGUUAGUUGUAGAAUGGUAGGGGGCCGGGUGCUUGUGCUAGCUCCCUGGUAAGUGCAAUCAGGGUCCUCUGGUAGAUGAAGCCAGAUCCUUGGGUUAAUGAUGGACUAUUGGCAGGCAGAGCUGGUUCCUGGAGUCUAGCUGUAGAGCCCAGGGAUCCCAGAGCUUAUUUCACAUCAUUGGUGGACAGGGUGCUGCUUCCUGACACAGCUGAGUAGGAGGUCUGCUGUGGACCAAAGGUUGUGCUGGCCCACUGGUGGGCGGGCCCUCAAAGAGAGAUGCUCUGGAGGCUCAAUUCCAGUGCUGGACCCUCUGCCCCCCCAGGUUGGGUAGCCAAUUGUAGGGCUCAGAAAUCUCACCACUAUGGGAACAUCUCUACAAUAAAAUCCUCAUUUGUAGGUCACCCCACCCUGGAGGGUGUGGGAUUUGAUAAUAUCAUGAGUCUGCCCAUGCUACCCAUCUUGUUGUGGCUCCUUCUUUAUGUCUUUAACUGGAGAAGAUCUCUUCUGGUAUGUUUUGGUCUUUUUCAUUGAUGAUUUUUGAUGUCUUCCUGAGAGGAGAUGAGGAGUUUGGGGUCUUUUUACUCUGCCAUCUUGGAUGCUCUCCCCCCAUGCUUGAUUUUGUAUAAUUCUCUUAACAAGUCAGAAAUUCUUCAGGGAUGAGGAAACUGAGGCUUAGAGAUGAAGUUAGUAUCCCCAGGUCAUUCAGCCAGUAGUAGGUGACAGAGCUGCACAUCAAACUGGGUUUAACUGGCAAAAGCUAGUUUUUGCAAAAAAAAAAAAAAAAAAAAAAAAAAAAAAAA